ACUAUCCAAGAUGACUGUCACUUACUCCAGUAGAGUAGCAAAUGCGACCUUUUUUGGAUUUCAUAGGUUACUUCUCAAGUGGAGAGGCAGCAUCUACAAACUCCUAUACAGGGAAUUUAUUGUUUUUGCUGUUCUUUACACAGCAAUAAGUUUGGUGUACAGAUUGUUACUUACAGGAGCCCAAAAACGUUACUUUGAAAAAUUAUCAAUUUACUGUGACAGAUAUGCUGAACAAAUUCCAGUAACCUUUGUGCUUGGGUUUUAUGUUACUCUAGUAGUGAACCGAUGGUGGAACCAGUUUGUGAAUCUGCCCUGGCCUGACAGGCUGAUGUUCCUCAUCUCCAGCAGUGUCCACGGAAGUGACCAGCAUGGACGCCUUCUCAGAAGGACACUGAUGCGUUAUGUAAAUCUCACAUCCCUGCUCAUCUUCCGCUCUGUGAGCACAGCUGUAUACAAAAGGUUUCCAACAAUGGACCACGUAGUUGAAGCAGGUUUUAUGACAGCAGAUGAAAGGAAAAUAUUUGACCACCUCAAAUCUCCUCAUCUGAAAUACUGGGUUCCAUUCAUCUGGUUUGGUAAUCUUGCAACUAAAGCCCGAGAUGAAGGUAGAAUCAGAGACAGUGUUGAUCUUCAAUCAUUGAUGACUGAAAUGAAUCGAUACCGCUCUUGGUGCAGCCUCUUAUUCGGUUAUGACUGGGUUGGGAUUCCACUGGUUUACACCCAGGUUGUCACUCUUGCUGUCUACACCUUCUUCUUUGCAUGCCUGAUUGGACGCCAGUUUUUGGAUCCCACCAAAGGCUACGCGGGGCAUGACUUAGAUCUUUACAUUCCAAUCUUUACUCUCCUACAAUUCUUCUUCUAUGCAGGAUGGCUCAAGGUGGCUGAGCAGCUUAUCAACCCUUUUGGAGAAGAUGAUGAUGAUUUUGAAACUAACUGGUGCAUUGAUAGAAAUUUGCAGGUCUCUCUUUUAGCUGUGGAUGAAAUGCAUAUGAGCUUACCCAAGAUGAAGAAGGACAUUUACUGGGACGAUUCUGCUGCUCGACCACCAUACACACUGGCAGCAGCUGAUUACUGCAUACCCUCAUUUCUAGGGUCAACAAUCCAAAUGGGGCACUCUGAGUCUGACUUCCCUGGCGAGGAGUGGCUGUGGGACUAUGAGAAGCACGGCCAACGGCAUUCGGUGAUCAGGAGAGUCAAGCGGUUCCUGAGUACCCACGAGCACCCCGCCAGCCCCAAGAGGAGGAGCUUUGGGAGGCAGGCCAGCGACAGCUCCAUGUUAUUCCCGCUCAGCCCAGCUCGCGACCUGCUGGACGUGCCCUCAAGAAACCCCCAUAGGGCUUCGCCGACUCGGAAACAGUCCCACUCCCUCGAGAGCAGUCCCAAGGUGCACUCCAGCAUGGGAGAGCUGUCCACAAUCAGGGAGACCAGCCGGACCAGCACUCUGCAGAGCCUGACCCCGCAGUCCAGUGUGCGGGCCUCCCCCACCAAAAUGCCACAGGUCCCCGAGGUACUGGUCACCGAUGCUGAAGCUCCAGAGCCCUCUUACGAGGGCCACCACCAUGACUCCGCUACCUCCAUCUUGAGCUUAGAGUUCACCGGGGUUCAACCCAGCAGGACUGGGCAGCAGGAGGACCCAGCGGGACUCCUGGCCCCCUCCGAAAAGGGGACACCUCCUCUGGGGCCUAGUCCUCAGACUGGUCCAGACAGCGACGAGAGACACCUUUUUCUGUUCGAGGAAGACCCAAUUGAGGAUAGGUUCCCCAAAAGGUGGAGUCUCCCAGAGUUCCGCGAGCCUAACCACACCUCCCUGGCAAACCUAGGUCCAGAUCCCCUGAGCCCCGUGCCCGCCCUGUUGAUCGACACGGAAACGUCCUCGGAGACCAGUGGAACCAACUAUGGGGUCGGCUCUGGAGUCUCUCCUGAUAUGCUGUACUUAAUGGAAAACCUGGACACCCAGGAAACCGAUAUCCUAGAAUUUAACAACGAGCAAACGGAGGGAAUGCCACAAAGUUCUAGAACCUAG